UGUUGACUGUUAUGUUGCUUGUGUUUUCAGUCAGUGCUGCCACUGAACUGGAGCUGCUACAAUCUCCCUCAUCACUGAGGCUGCAGGAAGCCCAUUCUGCCCGUUUCUCUUGCCUUCUACAACACAAUGGCAAUGCAGUGAAUGGCAGUUUCUAUUGGCAUCACAUUGAAAUAACAUUUAGUGAAUCGCAAGUGAGAAAUGUCAGUACUGAGGAAGAUGGUCGUAUCACUUUCUUCAGUAGCAACGUGCCUAGUUUCCACAGCGUAUUGAUCAUUGAAGACGUUCGUUAUGCUGACAGCGGUUUGUAUUAUUGUAACAUGGCCAUUCAUGGAGGUUCACAUCCAAGAAAGAUCACUGGCACUGGGACUCGCCUAAUUAUUCAAGAAAUAUACGCUGUUACAAUAAUACUCAAUGGUGGAAAGAUUGCAGAAGUACAGAAGACCAUCAGUUCUCUUUCUCUGCAGGAGCAGCGCAGCCUUCCCCAUGCCUGUACCCCUGCAGUAUUUUUUAACCCUCCCACAAAGUGAUUAUCUAAAUACCUUUGGAAAUUUGCUAACUUUUCAGAAAGUUUUCCUCUGGUCCCCACAAUUUUGGCAAUGGAAACUAUCUCGAUUCUGGACCCCUCACGAUGUUUCACACCUAUCAAAAUUCCUUUCAAUCUUCUCUUUAAGGAGAACAAUACCAGGACCCCAGGUAAAUUUUAUGGGGAUAUGUAUUCAAAUCCCACCAUAACAGAUGGUCAAAUUUGGAUCAAUAAAAAUCUGAAAUUUUAAAACAAGCCAACCUAAUGAUGAGUAAUGGUGACUGUCAAUUUUUGUAAAUAUCUGUUCAGUUCACUUAUGUAUUUUAGGGAAGGAAACUGCUGUCCUUAUCUGAUCUAGUAU